AUGGCGAUCAAGUCCCUUGCUGCCAAGAACGUCUCCGGAGUCGACAGCAAAGUGAGCUCUACCACGGCAGACGGCGAGCUAGUUCACUACCACUACGGGCUAAAGGACUUCAUCACCAUCCUCUUCUACAUCUUCAUAGCAAUCAUCCUGCAUAUGGUGUUGCAGGACUACGUCCUGGAUAAAAUCAACAGGCGGCUCCAUCUCUCCAAGGUCAAACACAGCAAGUUCAACGAAUCGGGGCAGCUGGUAGCGUUCCAUCUCACCUCCAUGAUCUGGUGCUUGUAUGUAGUGGUGACGGUAAGCUAUGGCCGAGGGCCCAGCCGAGACGCGGCAUGGUCCAUUUCAGGUUUCCUUUUGCAGAGAUUGGGCCUAGGCUGAAGGAGUCUGCUGCAGAUACCUGCUCACAUGGGUACUUUAGCAAUCCCUCUGCUGGGUGUUUUCUGUGCAUGUUGGUUUGAGGCAGGGACUGCCUAUACUCUCAUUGGUAAGAAUCCCUCCAAAAUUACUUACUGUGCAGGGUUGGGGAGUCUCAAGAGAGCAGGCAACCAGACACCAGAGCUUCACAUACAGUGGAGGCUCCGUGUAUUGCUUGGUGAGCGGGACUUGGUCUCUGUCAGAGUUCGGGCAUUGCACAGCAGAUGGAAAAUUCUGUGUCCGUUUCGCUGAGCUAAAAACGGGCUUGAAUGAACUCAAUUUGAGAGUGAAUCAUGCAGUCGGUGCAGCAGCACCUGUGCUGUUCAUUUUGACAUUGUAUUUAAUUGAUUUGAAGCUGUUUCCAAACUUUAAGUUGUCAAUGUGACACCAACUCUGUAUUGUCAAGACGUAAUAAUAAUGAUAAUAAAUACCUGCCUUUUAUAUAGCACUUUUUAUGACCAGCUCGCAAAGCACACAAUGAAACUGCAUUGUGGAAGUUAUCAUAGGGAGCACUGGAGGAUCUUGGCAUCUUGGGGAGGAGUAGGAGACAGUUUGGGACCAGCCCAUGGAAUGAGCACAUCAGUUGGGUGUUUCUGCAAAAACUUUCAGCAGUGAGACAGCAGCGCUGUCAUUUAAACUGUCACUUCAGGAUUCAGUCAGUACGUGUACAUACGUACACACACACACAGACAGUUAACCCCUCUAAGCUGUUGUUUCAGGCUGCCAG